AUGGCUGGUGACACGGAGGCGUCGGGGCGAGCAACCGCACACCAGCGGGAUGAGGAGCGACGCGCUCAACAGGCACCCGGCGGCCUGGGACCUCAACCACGGCGACCAACCUCAUCAGACCACGUAACUGACCUCGGCAAUCCAGGUGACGCCAAGAAGGGUGCCAACCUCUUCAAGACCCGUUGCGCCCAGUGCCACACCGUCGAGAAGGACGGCGGCAACAAGAUCGGCCCUGCCCUGCACGGCCUCUGGGGCCGCAAGACCGGCUCCGUCGACGGUUACUCCUACACCGACGCCAACAAGAAGAAGGGCAUUGAGUGGAACGACCAGACCCUCUUCGAGUACCUCGAGAACCCCAAGAAGUACAUUCCCGGCACCAAGAUGGCCUUCGGUGGUCUCAAGAAGGAGAAGGACCGCAACGACCUCAUUGCCUACCUCAAGGACGCUACCAAAUAG